ACCUGCGCACGUUUGAGCGUCAUACGUGUCCCAACUCUCUAGUUUCAUGUUGCCAACGAUACUUCAAGAUGACAGCUGGGCAUUUGUUUUGUCAAUGUUAAUAUAAUCAUGGAAAUAGUAUUUCAAUGAAAUAUUCGACAAAUGGAAGAUCAAACAAGUGGUGAGGCAGUUGCUACCCAAUUGGCUGAUUUUAAAAUGACAGCAAGGACCUAUUACACUCUAGCCGUGGAGAAAGUGAGAGAUGUUGUGUCAUCCCUUCCUGAUGACGUAAGGCCAGGUCCUGACCUGUAUGGACUUCCAUGGGAAGCUGUCAUCAUCACUACGUUACUUGGGUUGGGCACCCUCCUAUUGUUCACCUGCAGGUUCUACCAAUGUAUAAAGAGCAGACUAUAUUCUGGCAAAGAGAGGCGGAUGGGCCUGAAGGUGGCUCAACUAUUAGAUGAAAAGUGCAAAGUACUUAAGACUUUGAGUGAGGUUCAACAAAAAUAUGAAAAACUGGAAUCUGCCCUGCGGAAUAGUGGCGUUUUGGCUCACGCCGCAGAGAGGGAGAAUCUGGAGGUGAUGUUCCAGAGGCUGAAACAGUCAAAUACACAGCUUGGAGAUGAUAUAGAAAGGUUAAAGGAGGACCUACAUAUCCAGAGAGCAAGGAGGUUGCAGCAGGAGGAGACGAUUGCAGAUAUGCAGGAAACCUUGAAAACUGUAGAAGAAGAAACCAGGGACCUCAAGUCCCAGACAGAACAGGCACAGACAACCCUAAAAAUAUAUGAUAUGAACAGUGAGAGGAAUCAGAAUAAUCUGGAGGCAGCAAAAGAAGAGAAGGCCUUGCUCCAGGAGAAAAAUGCACAGCUGGUCCAGGAAGCAGAGGACUGGGGGGAACGGAUGAGUGAACUGGAGGAGGAGAUGAGGAUGUGUGAGAGCUCCUACACUGGAAUGGUGCAGGAUGCUGCCACCAAAGACGAGAGCAUCAAGUCCCUGACAGACUGCCUGUUGAAGAUAAAGGACUGGGAUUCAGUGCUGGAGGACGGAGCCAACGGAGAGGAGAGAAAUGGGGCACGAGGGGUGGAAAAUAGAGAGGGGCCAGAUAACCAUCAACGACAAAGAAUACAGAAACUCAUUCAUGCAGCCAAGAUGAAUGCAGACUUGAAGUCGGUGGAUGAAGACAAGGACAGGGUGUUUGCCAAGCUAGCAGAUGAAGUCAAGGCCAUGGAGGAUCUCCAAGAGGGGAUUAAGAAACUUGAGAAUGAGAAGGACUCUCUGCAGACCGAGAGUGAGAAGUACAUGGGCCAGGUGCAGAAACUACAACAGAAACUGCAGAUCAUGACGGAGAUGUACCAGGAGAAUGAGCUCAAACUACACAGGAUGCUGACGGUGGAGGAGAGGGAGCGUCUGCAGAAGGAGGAAAAGCUGACCAAGGCUGACAAGAGUAUCAGCCUGGCCGUGGAGGAGCUCAGCAGCUACAGGCAAAGAGCACAAGACCUGGAGGAUGAGCUGGAGAAGACCAACCAGGCCUACAAGAUCCAGAUAACCUCCCAGGAAAAGAAGGCACACAAUAACUGGCUAGCAGCACGAGCUGCUGACCGUGACCUGGCUGACAUUAAAAGAGAGAAUUCACACCUCAGGCAAAAAUUGACUGAUACUCAGUUCAAGCUAGAUCUGGUGGAGAAAGACCCCUAUGCUCUGGACAACAUGGGCAGACCUCCAUUCAGAGGUGAAAGGUCACCGUAUGGCCCCUCCCCCCUGGGUCACCCUGCCUCCGAGAACAGAACCUUCCUGUCUCCGCCCACCCUGAUGGAUGGCCCGCCACACCUCUCUCCAAACUUCCCUCCCAUGGCACCGGGAGGCAGAGUAUCCCGAGGCCUAGUAGAUCCCACCGGUGGGGUGGACUCUGAUCGGAGUGGUGGUCCUCACUCUGACAGUGGCUCGCUAUCUCCCACCUGGGAGAGGGAUCGCAGGGGCCCACCUAUACCCCCUCCAGGGUAUAUGUAUCCAGACCCAGGCCUUCCCUACAGGAGACCCCUGCCUGGAGCCUUUCCCCUUGGGCCUAUGGGCCCUCCCCCACCCAGAGGCCCCGGUCCUGCUGAGCCCCACAGCUUUGGGCCCCACCCUGGAGAUCAAUCUGACUCAACAUUUAUGGAAAACAGCAUGGGCCCUGGUGAAAAUGAAAGGGAUUCCCACAUGUCAGCACCUGGAGAUCUGAGGAUGGGGCCUCCUCCCUUAGGACCCCCUGGUAUGGGUCCCCUCCCCCACAUGGACCCUUACUUUGCACGCAGAGGCCCCCCAGGCCCUUACGGACCCCCAGACUUCUUCCCCCCACGAGGUCCAGCAGGGCCACCCAUAGGCAUGCGAGGACCACCUCCCCCGGGAAUGUUUGGGCGAUUUCCACCUCUGCUGCAUAUGGGCUACGCUCCCAUGAGGCCCCACCCAGACAGUUUUCCCCCUGGACCCCCUCCAAGGCCCUCCCCACCAGACAGCGAACAGCCUCCUGACCAGUCCCCUUCUCCACACGAUGUCAUCUGAGCCAUCUCUCCCCCUCCCUAUGAGGGAGAAACUCUCUCUCCGCCUGCUUCCUGUGUGGCACUUCACUUCCUGUUGUGCUGGUAGUGAGCGACUUAGGGUAUGCUCAAGGACUGUUUCUUGAAGUGUAACCAAUUGUCAUUUGACUGUCUUUCCCUUUUUUAGAGGCCGACAGUGGAAUUGUUUCCCCACUGUCUCACACACACACACACACACAC